AUGGAGUUUUAAUCAACAAGGUCAUAUACCAAAAUGGUUUAAAGAAUUGAAAAUCAAAGUACUUGAAAACAAUUACAGAAUUGUUAAAAAUAAAUGGAAGUUAAAUAAUCAAAAUAAAUUCAACACUAGAUCUAAAGUUUUGGAUAUAGAAGACAAACGAAGGAAACCAUGGAUUACUGCUUUCAACAAUAUCAAUAACUCCAUUAUCUUAGGAAAAGCAAAUUUAAAUAUUCAAAGAGGUCAAAAUGAGUUAUUAUUAGAACAUUAUAUCAAUAUAAGAGAAUGCUCUGAUGAAUUAAAUGAUUUUCAUCAAUCUAUAACACUAAAAAAAUGCAGUGGCUGUAACUUAACAUCAGAAUCCUCAAAUAACAGUUGUAAUAUAACAGUUGGAAG